GCAUCGAAGAAAAAUGAUCAAGGCUUCUCUUGUUUUUUUCGCUUUCUUGGCUCUUGCUUCCGGAAGAAGACACCAUUAUGACUAUUAUGAUUGUGAACCUGAACGCGGGCCGCGAGGGCGUGAAGGACGUGAAGGACCACGUGGAGCUCAAGGUGCCCCAGGGCCAAACGGAACCGGAUUUUUCUGGCCAGGAACAUGCGAGCAAUCCGAUUGUCCAGACGGUUGGAUCUCGGUUAAUCGAAAAAUCAAUAAUGAUGUAGAAAAGAAAUGGUGCAUCAACAUGUUCUGGAACCAAGCAACCAACGAUUUAUAUAAAACCUCGGAAAAAGUGUGCAACAGCUAUGGUGGUGUGAUGACUGGAUUCAAGGACAAGGGGGAAUUCAUUUCUGUUUUUGCUCUACUCAAAAAUCGAUUCCCGAACAUUAAACCUGUAUCACAAGUUAUGAUUGGGGCACGCAGAUUGGAGACAUGUGCUUCGAUAUCGAAUUUUGGCAAUUGUACGAUAACAAAGGGAACAAAAUGGACUGAUCUUGUAAUGUCGAUUGAUUCCUUUUUCAAUGAAUUGCAGCAAUCUGCCCGUUUCUCACCAUUGAAAAAAUGUAUUGUUGCCAAUCCGACAAACUUAAAGUUAUAUGUGGCCAACUGCAACGUUUUGGAAAGUGACUAUCCUCAGGAUUUGUUCAUGUGCGGAAGAUUCGCUCCGUGUAAGAAAUAAUUUAUGGAAUUGUGUGUUUGCAACUAUUCAAAUAAAUAUGUCAGCAUUC